AUGCAGGCAAGCAAAGAUACUCCGACCCUCGUCAAAUCGCCUCCGACCCCGCCGCCCGAGAAGCAUGACUACGCGGCUUCAGAUACGUACACCGAAGACGAAUACGUCGUCAUUGAGUGGGAGGAAGAUGAGGCUGAGCGUGCAAUAGACCUCGCCAACUCGGCGGACCUCUCCUCCUCUUCGCUGUCGGCCACCGACCUCGCGUCGUCGUCGCACUCGCACUUGUCCUCCUCUCCCUCCGAGGAGCAAAUGCAUCAGUCCUGGCACGGCAUGCCGUACGAUAGCAACCCCGACCAGCACAAGGCUCAUUGGUACCACGAGUGGCUGCGCGACAAGACGGUCGAAAGGAGCGACCCGUGGGGCUUCUCCAGCACAGGCGUCUCGCGCACCGCCAGCCCUGCGAGGAGCGCCACCGCCUGA